AUGUCGUUCAACGAUCUUGAGCGAGGAACCGAGAAUAUCGAUAUCGUAAAGCAGGAAAUUCGAGGCAAGGAACGAAGGAGUCGACUUAUGUUGGCGGGAAAAUCAGAUCUGUGGCUGUAUGUGACUGGUACCGGGGGAGUUCAUGCCCAAAAAUUAUCGAAAGUCUCUCUUACUCUUCUUCCUAAUACAUUCGAAUGGGAGUGUGAGGAUGAGGAUGAGCGGGAGGGGUGGAAGAAGGAGCAGCGCGCAAUUCAAGGAAAGGAAGAGAAGUGUGGUGGUGAUUGA